GCAUAAAUUAUCUGCAAAUUUUGACGUAUUCGAUUUUUUUUCCCUUGAUAACUUAUCAGGCUGCAUCUUGAUUGCUGAUCAGCAAGUUUCGAAUACGACCACAAUGUCAGGAACGUGGGUGCCAGAUGUCGACGAGGACAGCGAGUUUUCGUUGGCCAACAUCCCCUUUGGAAUCAUCAGCACCCAGAACGACACAACUCCCAGGACAGCAGUUGCAAUUGGGUCAUCAGUGCUUGAUCUCAAGGCUCUCGAGCAACAACCCGACUUUUAUGAUGUCUUCCCAAUGCUCAAGGAAGCCGAAAAGGGCAUCUUCUCGCGCCCCACGUUGAAUGCCUUCGCAGCUCUUGGCAGGCCAGUGCACCGCCAGGUCCGGGAAACCAUCCAAGGCUUAAUGUCCACAGAAACUUCGACACCAGGCUUUCUCCGGGACAAUGCCGAGCUGCGAGAAAAGGCACUCUUGUCCCAACGCUUAGUCAAGAUGCACUUGCCCAUGGAGAUAGGCGACUAUACUGACUUCUACGCCGGCUACCACCACGCGUACAUGGUCGGGUGCCUGUUCAGGAGUCCCGAAAAUGCGCUGCAGCCCAAUUACACCCACCUGCCGGUCGGAUACCAUGGCAGAGCUUCGACCGUGGUCGUCUCGGGGACGCCCGUCACUAGGCCCUGGGGCCAGAUCCUGUUGGACCCCACCGCAGAGCCCAAAGUGCCCACGACGGCUCCCUCCAGGAGGCUUGAUAUGGAAUUGGAGCUUGGUUGCUUCAUCGGUGGGCCGACAAACCCGAUUGGAGAAUCGGUACCCAUCAAGAACGCCGCUGAUCGAAUCUUUGGGUACGUGCUUCUCAACGAUUGGAGCGCGCGGGAUAUCCAGGCCUGGGAGUACGUGCCUCUUGGCCCGUUCAACAGCAAGAAUUUUUGCUCGUCCAUCAGCCCGUGGGUGGUGCUGGCCGACGCCCUAGAGCCUUACCGGACAAAGCCCAGCGUGUCCACUGGCGUUAAGCUGCAGGACUAUAUUACCGAGGAUAGGGAGGAUACCGUGCUGGAUAUCAACCUCGAGGUGGACCUGACCACUCCUGAAGGCGACACCACGACAGUCUGUCGCACCAGCUCCAAGCAUCUCAUCUGGUCAUUCCCUCAAAUGAUUGCUCACCACACCCUGGGCGGCUGCUCCAUGAGGGCAGGAGACAUGCUGGGAUCGGGCACCAUCAGCGGGCCAUCUGCAGGCGAGAAGGGGAGUUUGUUGGAGAUGACAGAGGGUGGAAAGAAGGAUGUCCUGCUCUACGGCAUGGACGCGAGGAGGUUUUUGAAGGACGGCGACACCGUUACGCUGCGGGGCGUUUGCGGUGACAAGGGUAAGCGUGUAGGAUUCGGAAGUUGCCGAGGACGCAUUAUGACCGCGGUUAAUAGGAACAACGCGUAGGUAGUUGAGGUAGUUUUAGCGGUUUUAAUCUGACGGACUUGUAACCUUCACGGUAUGGCACUAAUGAUACUUUGUAGGCUUCCCUUGUGAU